AUUAAUAUACAAACCGUUUUAGUAUGAAACUAGAAAGUUUGAUGUUUUAUCUAGUACUAAUGCCAUUUUUGAAGAAUAUCAUACUUUCUAAAUCAAUUCCGAAUGAGUCUAAAGUAGCUACUGAUGGUUUCCAAUAUGCAGAAAACUAUGAAUUAGAGGAAGAACCGCGACAAUCCCUGCGACAAAUCCGAAAGUCACAUCAAAAUCCUAAACGUUACGCCAUUGUUAAAAAACGAUCUCUUCGAUCGAACUCUAUUAAUCACAAAGGUUUGAAAAAGAGAACCUGUGGAAUAAUGUAUCGUAAUAAAGAACCGAUUGGCAUUCUUCAGCCUUUUGAAGAGUCCUACAAAUUACUACCCGUAAAUAAUCAAAAGAUCAAUUUAGAAAUUAACGACUCACCAUAUAGGCAAUAUUUUAAUGGUCGAAAUUAUGAAGAAACGGAUGAAGAAAAUUAUCAACGAUCCGAAGACGCUGUAAGUGACCAAAGAUCAAUCACUGAUAAACGUAAUGAUACACCCAAAAAAAAACGACACAUACAUGACGUAUUUCGUUCAGCUUCCAGUUUCAGUGAACAAGCAAGUGUAGAAGAUCAAUUAAGAGAUAUAUUACAAGACAUGGGUUUAAUAGAUUACGAAUACGUACAUAAAAGAGAAGUAAAAGAAGAUGAAAAUUUAGAAAAAGGUGAUAAUUCUGUUAACAUGGAAAAAGGAAGUAACUCUAAAGGUGAAACAAAAAGACAUAACAGAAAAAUUUCCCAAGAACCUGUUGAAAGUAAUUUCUUUGUCGAAGAUGAUGUAUCUUUUGAAGGACGAGAUGGAAACGUCCAGAAACGAUGUCAAAACAAUAAAUUUAAAGAGCACAAACGCAGUUUGAAGCGUUUAAACGAGGACGCAAGAUUGAACGCUGAACGAAAAUUAAAUUUCCUCCUUAAUUCUGUGAGGUGGAAGAACCAAAGGGGUUCCAGGAUGCGACGGGAAGGUUUGAAUCACAGACAAAAACGUAAUGAUACACAGCCCCAGAAGACUUUGAACCAUCCUAGCCCGACUAUUAUUCAAAAAUUUAAAACGCAGGAGGACAGUGAUUUAUCUGAGUACGAACAGCGUAUACAAAGACAAAUCCAACAAAAAAUAAAUGCCCUAAAAGAAGAGGUCAAAAGAGAGAUCGCUUCGCUGGACGGACAAAAUAGGAUGAAGUCACAGGAAGUCAAUGAGUUCAUUAGAAAAAAACGAGAAAUAGGAAAACGAAGUAAUACGUUGAUGGAUGCGGAAACUAUAGAUUUAAAUCCCGCUUUUAAUAUGGAUCAAGAUAUAAUACCUAAAAUUCGCCGACGAAGACAAGCUGAUUUCAUGCCAAAGGAUGACUUUUUAAGAGAUCUGAAUUACUUAAAUAUAUCAACUAACGGUUCGUGUGUACAAUCGACUGAAAAUCCUUCAGCAACACAACAGUGUGCUAGUCUACCAAGCUUAAACAUUAGUGAGCCUGUAAUUAUUCCUAACCAAACUUCAGGCGAGUUUCCCUCAAGUACCAUUAUAUAUUCCAGGAAUAUAAAAUGUAACUCGAAUGACGCCGAUGUAAACAUCACCUAUCUGAAUGGUCAAGAAGAUAUUCACAUAAGCAUAAACACAUCAGUUCCGUCACGACAAAAUAAACGACAUAUUUUCGAUAGUUACCCAACUCCUGAGAAAAUCGACAAACUCAUACAAGAAUCUAAAAUUACCCAUAUCAAUUCUAAUAUUCCAAGUAACGAGAUCAUGGGCAUUCAGCAACCAAAAUAUGACAGUUUUGAUACGGUGGUACACCCAGCUAAGAAAACUGACAUCUACGUAAACGAUGGACUCCCUUAUUACAUCAGAAAACGUUCGUGCACUUCGGGCAAUUGUGGUAAGACAAAUGCUGGAGAGAACUGUGACUGCGGUACUCCGGGUUGUUUGUGUAGAAAAGCCAGACUGGCUGUCAGAGACGACCGGAAAGUCAAUGAACCAAGAUAUGAUCCCGAGUUGGACGCUGCCGAAGAGGGAGAAGAGGAAUUUGAAGAAACUUAUUACGAUGGAGACGAAUACGCUGAUCGAAGGGACGCGAGAAAACGUGUGCUAAGGGGUGACAAAGCGGCUGAAUAUUACAUAGACAUGAACCCGGAGAUAUAUAAAAUUACCCAGUUUAAUGUGGUAGAUGGAGAUGAGUAUGAGGAGAUGGAUGAAAGGAAGAAGCGCUACGACGAAGAUGAUUUUGUGGCAUUACAUGGUGGAACGGCUACCAGAAAUCAUAUGGAAAUCAGAUCUAAGAAUGGGCAAAUUCAUAACAGAGUUAGGCGGAGGAUCGACGACGAAUCGAAUAACGAUCCCAUACAACUUAUAGACAUGUCCGAGGAAGAUAUUUUCGGAGCUUUGCCUCAAAGCUUCGAUGGAGAAUUGAAUCGCUAUAAAAGGGUAAAAUAGGGACAUUUAUUUUGAUGUCUUGGAAGUUCAUUUUUGACAAAAGUGAAAAGGCGCAGUAGCUACCUUAGAAAUGUAAGUCAACACAUGGAUUUUAUGAUGGAAAAUAUAUUUAUUUACAUUGUGUAUUUUUAGAAGUUAAGAACAUAUACAUAUUUCAUAUUAGUUUUAAAUAUAUAUUAUACACAU